AUGAUUUUGAUGUUGCCGUCAAUGACAACGUCUGGUGGUGAUGACCUCACUCAGCUCUAUUUAAAUUCAAGCGAGACAACAGAUGUGCUCCACCCGACCAAUUCCAGCGGAGAUUAUCCAACAACCCAGUCUACCUCCACCUCCAUGAGCAGUAACGACACUCAGACCUAUCCCGACAACGACAACGUCACUUCUACACCAUCGUCGACAGCAGCGACGAGCACGACUGAAGGAGCUAUAGGUGUGUUUCGGAAGGUCGAGUACGUCCUCAUCCCAGUGUGGUUCGUGGUGGGGAUUGUCGGAAACACGUUGAGCGUGGUCAUCAUGCUGACGAAGGAGUUCCGGGUCCUGACCUCAAGUCUUAUAAUCAUCUGCCUUUCCGUCUCCGACUCUGCUGUCCUAAUUAUGCAGCCCUUCCAGAGCAAACUGUUCAGCGACCUGUUCGGAUUCGACAUCAGGUCACUGUCUAACGUCAUCUGCGUCGUGUUCUCCGUCCUCUGGCGAACUGCCAAGUCUUCGUCCGCCUGGUUGGUCGUCCUCAUUAGCGUCGAGCGACUCUUGGCCGUCUGCUUGCCUCUGCACGUAAAGUUCAUCUGCACGAGGCGCAACACGAAACUCGUCAUCGGCCUCAUCUACGUCAGUGUUUUAGCCUUCUCCACCGCCUGGUCCCUCUCCUCCAGGAUCUCAAAUGAUGGAUUCUGCGUCUUCAACUACGUGGGACAGGGAGUUGAUAUCGCCACUGUCCAGGCCAUGCUGAUAUCCGGGACUAUCAUAUGCGGCAUGCUGCCGACGUGUAUCCUCCCUCUGACGACCUUGGUGAUCCUGUGUCGUCUGCAGCAGAUCCGGAGGAAGCGAAGGACUCUGAUGAACGACCAGAUUGUCGGCGCCAGGGAACAGACGUCAAAAAUAGCCGCCAUGUUGAUGAGUGUGCCGAUAGCCUUCGUGAUCCUGGCGUCCCCGACGUGGAUAGGACACAACGCUGGGUUCGUCCUAGGAGAGAACUUUCUUUCGUCCAAGAUGCUGACAACGUGGCGAUACGUGGCCCAACCCCUCGAACAGAUGAACUACUCCAUCAACGUUUUCCUGUAUAUCACGUGCAGCAGGAUGUACCGGAAGCGACUUGUAGCUUUAAUUCGCCAGACCAAAAAAUCUAGCAGCACUGAUGCGUUACAGUCGGUGUCUACCUCGCGAUUCUGA